GCUGAGCUCGUGUGCGGCGGCGGCGGCGGCGGCGGUGGUGUUAGCGGCGGCUGCAGCAAAGCGUCUGACGAGAUGUCUCACACCAUUUUGCUGGUACAGCCUACCAAGAGGCCAGAAGGCAGGACUUAUGCAGACUAUGAGUCUGUGAAUGAGUGCAUGGAAGGUGUUUGUAAGAUGUACGAAGAACAUCUGAAAAGAAUGAAUCCCAACAGCCCCUCCAUCACAUACGAUAUCAGUCAGUUGUUUGAUUUUAUUGAUGAUCUGGCAGAUCUCAGCUGUCUUGUUUACCGAGCUGAUACACAGACAUACCAGCCUUAUAACAAAGACUGGAUCAAAGAGAAGAUCUACGUGCUCCUUCGUCGACAGGCCCAACAAGCUGGGAAGUAGUUGAGUCGGAAGCAUUAGGGGCUGGGGGUGGGCUUGGAACAGGUGCAUACAGCGUGCUGUAGUGAACAUUUUGUAUGAUAGUAAUCCUGUUUCCAUUUUGUUACGCUAGAGCCAAGAUUGAAUGUAUGACAUGGAACAUGAAUGAUAUUUUCAUUCUGAAAACUACCAUUAUUGCCCC